CUUCUUAUUUGAAAGAUUGCUGAACAAUAGUUCCAUACUCUUUACAUUGUUUAUUGAUAAUUUAGUAGGAAAAACGUAUGUUCGACCUUUUUCCUAUUUCUAAAUCCCCAAUUAUCAAUCUUUUAUACGGUAUCCCUAGUACGAGUAUAAGAUUUACCUUCUAUCCUCGAAUUUUACUUAGUUAAUCUAGAAUUAUAUUUGAAUGGUCUUCUAGACAAAAGGUAUGCCUCCGAAUGAGUACUCAAUUGGGGAAUAACAAAUAUUUUGUCUCGCUUAAAAAAUAUUGGAUUCUGGAGAACUUGGGUUUCCUUUGUAGGUGUGGAGCAAGUAAUACAUGUGAAGCAGGAGGGUUCAAGACUUCAAAUACCUCAGGAAAUAUUUGAUUUUUCUGAGGUACCUCAGUAGUGGUAGCAUUAGCUAAGAUUCAUGAUUCAAGUGGGGGAAUAUCACUCCAUUUGAGUGUUCUGGGAGUUGCAACUGUGGCUUUUUCAAGGUUGGCUUGGACAAGAACAGUGGCGUCCUCAGGUUGGAUUGGUUUAAUAAACUGAGGAUUUAUGGUGGUCAUGGUUUUGUCAUAGAUUCUGUAACUGAGAUUAAUAUUUUUCGCAUUGGUUUUCAUGCGAUAUCUUUGCGUUUGGACAUGAAUUGUCAGAACAUCUAAUAUAUGAGGGUCAUUUAGGACAACAGAAAAAUUAGGAUAACAGUUAAAUUAAACUGGUCCUUGACAGAGACUUGUUUCCACCAUGCCAAGUAAGGACUCUUCGAAUCCUAAGUGACGAAAGUCUCGGAGGUUAACCAAGAGGGACGUCUUUAUCUUGUGUCGGUCAUAGGUUUAAGUCCUACCAGAACUAAGUCUGUUUUAAUUCAAAUUCGGGAAAAUAUAAAUCAUUAACUUUUAACUUCGGGAAUUGUCCAAUUAACAACUUCCAACACGAGAGAAAGAGUGAGGUAGAGGUCGAAUUGAGUGAGAUGGGGGAGGGACCUAGUGAUAGAAACAGUAAGGUGAGAGAAACUAGUGAGAGCGAGAUAGGUUCCAAUCCAAAACCUAGCAGGAGAGACUCCAAUGCUCCUCCUUCCGAUGACUGUUGUCCAAUCUGUGUCGAAGCCUUCGUCAUUCCUUCCCAAGCUCAGUGUGGCCACUGGUACUGCGCUGGUUGCAUUUUGCAGUACUGGAAACAUGGUUCAGAGCUUCAGCCUUGCAAGUGCCCCAUGUGCUCUCGACCCAUUUGUAAGUUGACACCAGCAACAUCGAUGCACUACCAGCAGGAAGAGGGGGUUGCUGAGGUUCUGGAAAAUAUUUGGACAUACAACCACCUUUUCGUUGGAGGCAUAUAUGGUCUCAUCCAUAAAGUACUUGUGUUACCAUUGAUCAUCAAGAGAAUAUAUCGAGAUAUGAUGAAUCCUGAUAGAGCUCUUCAUCACCUUCACAAAGCACACUUCGUUGCAAUAUUGCUGGGUGCCCUCUACAAUUUCUGCUCCUUUGACUUCCUUAAAACAGGGGAUCUGAGUGCCGUUGACUUCUUCGACUUCUGUACUACCGCUUUGGUAGGCAUCCUAUACUUGAUUGGUCUUUGUCGCAUCCGUCGUCUCCAACAUGGGGUACGGUCGGCUGCCAUCCGAUCUUGAAUUUACUGCAACGGCUGUCCUCAGUCUAAACCCUCGGAAAGAUUCUUGAUGCUGAUGUGUUCUUGGUGGUUUUUUGUGUGCCUGCUGCUCUAUACAACUGAAUUUGCAUAUGAACAAAACAUUCUAUUUGUUCGAUCCUUUUUGUUUUGUUUCUCAAUAGAAAGUAAACGAAAUAUGUUAGGUACUAUUCUCACAAUAAAUUCUUAGUUGGAGUACCUGAAACCAUUGUAACAACAAAUGUCUUAUUUGUUGUGCUGAAACAGAAGGCCAAGAAAAUGCCCAUGUAACUUCUGUAUAGUAAUUCCUUGUUUCGUUUCUUAA